CCGGCUGCAGUUUUGAUAAUUUUACGAUUUAUGAUUAUGUAAUUAAUUCACAACGUAAAUGCUGCUUGUAUUAUAUAUAAAUAUAUAUUAAAGUUUGAGUACACAAAUUAAAAUGUAUAAAAUUUAAUUUUAAAAAAGCGCCUUUUCAAAGUACUGUUGCUAUGGCAACUUUACCAUUACUGUUGUGAUUGUUCAGGUUAGGUGUCAGGAUUUAGAGCCUGUUGCAUUUAUAUUAAAAGAGUGAGGUGCUGAUGGAGAACAUCAGAGUUCAGACGGAUUUUGAGUCUUUAAACCUGGAAGAUGGACGCACAUCUUCAUCAUUAUCUUCAUCCUCUUCUCCCUCCUCAGUGUGUGGUGAGCAGGACGUGGAGGUGGUGCGGAGGUGUGCUCUCCGGUUACACAGCCUCAAGGGUGUGUGUGUGUUCGGAGCUCUGAGAGUGUGUGUGCUGUGUGAUAACUUCAUCACCGACAUCGAGCCGCUGCGGCAGUGUGAGAACUUACUGAAGCUCGACCUCAAAGGCAACCAGAUCACUCAGCUACCUGAAGCUUCAUUCUGGAAGAAUCUGAAGGCUUUACAGCUGCUGUUUCUGCAUGAUAAUGAUAUUUCUGUGAUGAGUGAUGUUUCAGGUCUGAGUGUUUGUCCAUCUCUGAGUGCUUUAACUCUGUAUGAAACGCCACUCAGUCAGAUGAGAAACUACAGACACUGUGUCAUUAACAGCAUUUUCAGCCUGAAGGCCCUGGACCAUCACGUUAUCUCAGAUGAAGAGAUCAUUGAAAACUGGCAACUUCCUCACAGAUUUAAAGCCAUGACACCAAAUUUAUCGAUCAAUCUGUAUUCAUCAGUAAACACGGAUUCAGAUGAGGUGAAAGUGCUGCGUGGAAUAAUUUCAGAAAUAAAUAAAGUCCAAGCCGCAAUUUCUCCAACACUCAUCAUCCAGAAGUGGAUUAGAGGCCAUCUGACCAGGAGACGUCUGGGAUUGUGUGGAGCACCAGUUCCUAUGAAAACGUUAGUGAGGAAUGUGACUCGUGUGGGUUCUGUGUGGGAGAUCAGCAGAAGACCAUGGAUUCAGGACAUGAUGAGCUUUAGAUCUUUCCACUGCAGGACACUGACGGACCUCAAACCACCUUGUAACACUCCUCAGCUGAGUAGCCAUGGAGACAAACUCAAUAUCAGAUUUAUGGAACGUCAUGAUGAGGUGAUGGACUUGGAGAGUUUUCGUCUUUUUGGCUUUAAGGCCAUGACGUACUUGUCCAAGUCGUGUGUAGACAUGCUGAUAUCCCAAAAAAGGAACAGGCAGGACAUCCGGGAUGGCAUCACCCAUUUCCACACACAGAAAUCCAACCCCCCCACUGCCCCACUGCCACGCCCACCUAACAUCAGUGCACAGAAGCGCCUCGUUGUCCGACACCAUGACUGUCUGAGCCUCGCCAUGUUCCAAGCAAUAGAGAGAGCGUAUGAGGAGAGAGAGAAGGAGGAGGGACUGAGGGAGCGAGCCAAGCGAGUGAUAGAGGUGCAGAAUCAUCGUAAUGAAGCCCGAGGUCACCGUGAAGGAUUCGUGGAAGCUCAAAGGACAGGGACACUACUGAGGCAUGAACAAGAGCGAGACAGACUGGAGAAAACACUCAAAUUGCAGAGAACCAGGCAGGAGCAGGAGGUGCAGCUAGUCCAUCAGAAGUACCUCAGGUUCCUGGUGGAGAAGCAGAGGAACAUGAUGGAGCAGGAGACAGUGAAGCGCUUCAGCCGACAGCAUGGUGCUUUGACUAAGGCCUUCAGUAAAUACUGCACAGGACGCAGACUCAGCGAGACUCAGCAUGAGAGGAGACGACAGAUCGCUAUCGGCACACAGCACCCUGGCUCUCAGGGACACCUGGAGAACAGGAAGCAGAAUAAACCCAUGAUGUCUUGGAUAUCCAUAAGCCCUCUACUACUUCAGAUACAGUGUCUCUCAGACAGGGGGAAUUCAGGUGAAAUCCAGCCGAUACUCAGUGGACGUUCAGUAGACAGACAUGUAAAUGUAAAUAAAAUAAAAUUUGUGUAAGCUAGCAUAAAAACUAUUAAACUAAACAUCUUUGUUUAAAUAUCUGUAUAAAUAUUAAUUCUGAAGUGAAUUUUGGCUUUAAACACGUACAGGAGAACUUUUACUUCCCAACACUGGCCUUAAGCUCCAUGACAUAAUAACAUCCAUCACAUCAUAACAAACGUGUUUAAAUACAGAACAAUAUACUGAGUAUUUUUUCCAAAUUAAACUUUCACAGUCACAGUCUCAACAUUAAUCUUUAAUGCAUACUUUACGAUCAUCUUAUCAUGGAAAAAUGCUCCUUCACUGAUUUAUCUCGAGUAUAAAUUUCAUCUCAUCUCAAAUACUAUGAAAUAAAUAUAGUCACUAGUUCCUUAUUCUUUAUUACACCACAGUGCUUUUGAAUUCUGGAUUUUGCAGCGCGGUUGAAUUCGCCAGUAAGAUUGGGCAGAAGGUGUACAUUAUUUAUUUAUAACAGCACGGCUCAGACAAAUGAUCGGUUAAUAUUACUGCACUCGUUCUAAUACAUUAUUGUUUCUACAGUAACUUGUACACAAUCUAAGACUGUAUAAUUGUUUAUAUGAUGCUGUUUUUUUUGCAAGACAUUUAUUUAACAUUUAUGGAAUUUAUAAGUGCUUUGUAACAGUCACGGUGCUUUGCAAAGUUUCCCAGCACAGGAAAGUCCUCAAGAUGUAGGAAUUUCCAUGUUCCGGUCUCAGAAACAGAGAGAAAAUGACAACAACUGGUCCACAUCAUGCUGCAUCACAACAUCUGCCCCCCAACCUCCCUGGCAUGCAUCAUUUUCAUUAUUGAAAAUGUGUAAUUCCUUAUAUAACUGUAGCUCUAACAAUAAUGCAUCUGCAAAUCAUAUGUUUAUAUUAAUGCACUGGUUCUUAUACAUUAGAACCAGUGCAUUAAUAUUACAUUACUACAUUUCUUUAGUAACAGCUCAUUCACAGGGACUUGUUUGCUCCACAUAAAGGGAUUAAAAAGUUGUCACAUCCACCACCAUGCCACCAGAGGGCAACCUUCCCCAAAUUUUAGAACUCUUCCUCAUUCCCUACACGUAUUUACUGUCCCAAUCAUUCAUUCAUCCAUCCACUUUCUGUACCGCUUAUCAUUACUGGGUCACAAGGAACCUGAAGCCUAUCCCAGGGAGCAUGGGGAACAAGGCAGGGUACACCCUGGACGGCGUGCCAAUCCAUUGCAGGGCUCAAUAACACACACAUCACACACCCAUUCAUACACUACGGACCAUUUGGACAUGACAAUCAGCCUACAAUGCAUGUCUUUGGACUGGGGGAGGAAACCGGAGUACCCAGAGGAAACCCCUGAAGCACGGGCGAGAACGUGCAAACUCCACACACACAGGGUGGGAAUCAAACCCCCGACCCUGGAGCUGUGAGACAAACACGCUAACCACUAAGCCACCAUGCCCCCUGUCCCAAGCAUAUAUAAAACAAAUGGACACUAAUGCAUGUUUGAUCUUUGUGUAUGCUUCUUGUUCUUUCAUGGUAUCUCAUUUAUGCUCAUCAAAUCACUGCAAAACCCUGAUGUCCUGUGCUCUCCAUGGUUAACCACUCAUGAACCAAACAUAACGUGGAAAGAAGGUGAGCUCACAUCAUCAAAGCUGGGGUUCCUGUAGAUCUCCAUAUUUUUCUCCAUCAUCUCCCUGUUCUCCAUCAAUGAUCUGGGUAGGAACUCACAAAUGGAACUGAUUUUUUAUAAAUUUUUUUGUUUCACUUACGACAACUGUGCACUGUGUGCAUGCUUUAAUACAGAAACUUCAUUUUAUUUACAUAAACAAGCUAAUGGAGAUCAUUAAUCAUUAAUUAAUGCGUGAGAAAGAUGAAGUACAUCAGAUAAUAUGUGGAUAGUGUUCUUCAUCGGCUUAUAGUGUGAAAACUACAAUAAACUGGAAUAAAUCAUGUUUUAUUCAGAUUGACUAGCACUUUAUGUAAAAUUAUUCUGAACAGUUUAUAACUGAAUAUAACUUUGUGUUGGACAAACCAUCUGUAGUAAAGUUUGUAAAGUUUAAUAUAAAUGUGUAGUUUGUAAUAUAAAGCUAAAUGUAAAGAUCUGUCUCGUUAUUUUCUCUCUCUCUCUCUUUCUUACACACACACACACACACACACACACACAUACACAAUGCAGAUGCUAAUGCAGAGGGAAGUGUUUGUAGUGUACAUUUUGUGUUGUAAAAUAGCAAGUUAUU